CGCCCGCGCUCGCGAACGCGCGUCGCUCGGCGCUCGGCGGCGUCCCCGUCGAAAAAACUUCCGCGUCCGCCUUCUCUUCCGCGCGGGCGCGCGCGACGUCGUGGACGUCGCGCUGGCUCGCGCGACGAGGCGCGCCGUCGGCCGGCGUCUUCCCGCCGCCGGGUCUGCGGAGAGACGACCCCGCGAGCGGCGGCGAGGGGUCGACCGCGCGGAGGAGCCUCCCGGGCGCGACCGCCGGGUUCGCCGCGACCGCCGCGGUCGCCGUCGCCGCCGUGACCGCGUCCACGGCGACGGACCCGUUCUACGACGCGAUCGCGAAGCACCUCACCGUGGGCGAGAUCAAGCAGAUUCUCUCCGACGCGUCGAUCGACUUUCGAGACUGCGUGGAAAAGUCCGAGCUCGUGGCUCGAAUGCGCGAGCGCGCGCAUCUCAUCCCGCUGAGGACGCGUGAACGCCUGGACGCUCUGUUGCAGACGCUCGUGGACAGCAACGUCGCGCGCUGUCAGGAGACGACCAAGGAGGCCUUCGCGCGAAUGCACGACGACGAAAACUUACUUCCGAGCGAACUGAACACCGUGAACUUGUUCAAGCGUUGCAGUCAGUCCGUCGUGCACAUCACGACGACCGCGACCGCGCAGCGAAUCUCCCCCGGAGGUUUCACCCUGGACGUGUUCGAGAUCCCGCAGGGCACGGGCAGCGGGUUCGUGUGGGACGCGCACGGGCACUUGGUCACGAACUUUCACGUGAUCAAAGACGCGAGACGCGCCAAGGUCACGACGAGCGACGGCGAGACCUUCGACGCGACGCUCGUGGGAUACGAGGCGGACAAAGACCUCGCGGUGCUGAAGCUCGUCGAGGGAAGCCGGAGCGACCGCGGCGGCUCGAAACCCGGAAAAAAUCCUAAACCCCAAACCCUAAAGCCGCUGGAGGUGGGCACGACGCAAAACCUUCGCGUCGGCCAGAGCGUCUUCGCGAUCGGCAAUCCGUUCGGCCUGGACCAGACGCUCACGUCCGGCAUCGUCUCCGGCGUCGGCCGCGACAUCAAGUCCAUCACCGGACGCCGCAUCCGCGACGUUGUGCAGACGGACGCGGCGAUCAACCCGGGGAAUUCGGGCGGACCGUUACUGGACAGUAACGGUCGCCUCAUCGGCGUCAACACGGUGAUCUACUCCCCGAGCGGCGCGAGCAGCGGCGUCGGGUUCGCGAUCCCGUCCGACACCGUCCGCAGAGUCGUCAACCAAAUCAUCCGACACGGACGCGUCCUCAAGGCUGGCAUGGGCGUGCACUGCGCCGCGGACCAGAUCGCGCGGCAGAUGAACGUCGACGGCGUCGUCGUGCUGGAGGUACCCGACGGGUCCGGCGCCGCCGCCGCGGGAAUGCGGGGUUGCUCCAGGGACGCGAAGACGGGGCAGGUCGUGCUCGGGGACGUCGUCGUGGCGGUGGACGGUGGGCGGGUGUCGCACGUGGAGGAUCUGCUCGCGAGGGUGGAGGAUCGCGUCGUGGGGGAUGUGGUGCGCGUGACCGUGGAGCGGGAGGAGGGAGGGAAGCGGAGAGAGGUGGACCUGAAGGUGCGGCUGUCCGAGCUGAAAUCGAGGUUGUGAUGAUAACGCGAGCGAUCGCGAUCGCGGUAAAGGAA